GAGCAAAUAGAGCAGCAGAGAAGGCAGCUCCUCUCCUCUGGCUCCUUCCCUCCCUGUCCCCCGCUCUCCCGCAUCACAGUGGAGAUUGCAGGGAGCCCAGAGCCCAGUUCGCCAGCCAGGCUAGAGGCUGGAGGCCCUGCCAUGGCAUCCCCAAGGCCCCUAUUGAUACUUGCCCUGCUGGCAUGGGUUGUUCUGGCUGACCAAGAGUCGUGCAAGGGCCGCUGCACAGAGGGCUUCAACGCUGACAGGAAGUGCCAGUGUGAUGAGCUCUGCUCAUACUACCAGAGCUGCUGUGAGGACUACGUGGCUGAGUGCAAACCCCAAGUGACGCGUGGGGAUGUAUUCACUCUGCCAGAAGAUGAGUACGGGGUCUACAACUACUUUGAGGAGACCAGAGACAACAGCAGUGUCCUCCCACAGCCGGAGAGCACCACCCAGGGCCCCGACCUGCAGGCCCAGACUGAAGUGUCUACUGCCCAGGAGACCUUCGAGGAACCUUUUCUGAACCCUACACAGGGGACCCUGGGGCCUGAGACCUCUGAUCAAGACAUCCCUGAGUCCCCGGUGGUGGAAGAGCUAUGCAGUGGGAAGCCCUUUGACGCCUUCACUGACCUCAAGAAUGGCUCCCUCUUUGCCUUCCGAGGGCAGUACUGUUAUGAACUGGAUGAAGAGGCAGUGAGCCCUGGGUACCCCAAGCUUAUCCAAGAUGUCUGGGGCAUUGAGGGCCCCAUUGAUGCUGCCUUCACCCGCAUCAACUGCCAGGGGAAGACCUACCUCUUCCAGGGUCAUCAGUACUGGCGCUUCGAGGAUGGUGUUCUGGACCCAGAUUACCCCCGCAACAUCUCUGAAGGCUUCAAGGGCAUUCCGGACAACGUGGAUGCAGCCUUGGCUCUCCCUGCUCAUAGCUACAGUGGCCGGGAGCGGGCCUACUUCUUCAAGGGGAGACAGUACUGGGAGUAUGAGUUCCAGCAGCAGCCCAGUCAGGAGGAAUGUGAAGGCAGCUCCCUGUCCGCAGUGUUUGAACACUUUGCCCUGCUGCAGCGCGACAGCUGGGAGACCGUCUUUGAAUUUCUCUUCGGGAACAGAUUUUCUGGCGGUGCUGGACAGCCCCGGCUCAUCAGCCGGGACUGGCCUGGUGUGCCCAGGCAAGUGGAUGCGGCCAUGGCCGGCCGCAUCUACAUCUCAGGCUCAGCUCCCCAAUCCUGGGCCAAGAAGCAGAAGUCUAGGCGGCGUAACCGUAAACGCUACCGCUCACGCCGUAACCGUAGCCGAGGCCGCAGCCAGAACCCCCACCGGCAGUCCCGUUCAGCCUGGCUGUCCUGGCUCUCCAGUGAGGAGGACAGCCUGGGCAUCUACAACUAUCCUGACUACGACAUGGACUGGCUUGUGCCUGCCACCUGCGAGCCCAUCCAAAGUGUUUACUUCUUCUCAGGAGACAAGUACUACCGAGUCAACCUUCGCACACGGCAAGUGGACACCGUGAGCCCUCCUUACCCACGCUCCAUCGCUCAGUACUGGCUGGGCUGCCCAGCCCCUGGCCGCCAGUAGGAAUCGGAGCCUGCACAGCUGGGCCCUCCACUGUUCCUUCCUCAACCACUUCCGCCCAUCCCAAUAAAGACCCCUUGGUCCUGA